AUGGACAGCCAAGGAAGAAAAGUGGUGGUUUGUGAUAACGGAACAGGGUUUGUGAAAUGUGGCUACGCUGGGUCCAACUUCCCAGAGCACAUCUUCCCGGCACUGGUGGGCCGACCUAUCAUCCGAUCCACAGCUAAAGUGGGCAACAUUGAGAUUAAGAAUAACAAAAAGAUGGAUCUGAUGGUGGGAGAUGAAGCAAGUGAACUGCGCUCAAUGCUGGAGGUCAAUUAUCCAAUGGAAAAUGGAAUCGUCAGGAACUGGGAUGACAUGAAGCACUUAUGGGAUUACACUUUCGGUCCGGAGAAGCUCAAUAUCAACUCGCGUGACUGCAAGAUCCUCCUCACAGAGCCUCCAAUGAACCCGACCAAGAACCGCGAGAAGAUCAUAGAGGUCAUGUUUGAGACAUACCAGUUUACAGGCGUUUACAUAGCCAUCCAGGCUGUGCUAACACUCUAUGCUCAAGGCCUUUUGACAGGGGUGGUGGUGGAUUCGGGCGAUGGCGUCACACACAUUUGUCCUGUGUACGAGGGCUUCUCUUUGCCCCAUCUUACGAGGAGGCUGGACAUUGCGGGACGAGACAUUACACGCUAUCUCAUUAAGUUGCUGUUGCUGCGAGGUUACGCCUUUAACCAUUCAGCAGACUUCGAGACGGUGCGCAUGAUGAAGGAGAAUCUCUGCUAUGUGGGAUACAACAUCGAGCAGGAGCAGAAGCUCGCUCUGGAGACCACCGUAUUGGUGGAGUCCUACACGCUCCCUGAUGGCCGGGUUAUAAAGGUGGGAGGUGAGAGGUUUGAAGCCCCAGAAGCUCUGUUCCAGCCUCACCUCAUAAAUGUGGAAGGGGUCGGCGUGGCUGAACUUCUCUUCAACACCAUUCAAGCGGCAGAUAUUGACACCAGGGCUGAGUUCUACAAACACAUCGUUCUGUCAGGAGGAUCCACCAUGUAUCCUGGCCUGCCGUCUCGACUGGAGAGGGAACUUAAACAGCUUUAUCUAGAGCGGGUACUGAAGGGUGAUGUUGACAAGCUCUCAAAAUUCAAGAUCCGCAUCGAAGACCCUCCCCGCCGCAAGCACAUGGUGUUUCUGGGCGGAGCAGUUCUGGCCGACAUCAUGAAGGACAAGGACAACUUCUGGCUCACCCGGGAAGAGUAUCAGGAGAAGGGUGUGCGGGUUCUGGAGAAGCUGGGAGUCACCGUCAGAUAGAACACCAGCUCAUCACCAGUCGCUUUUGUUCAGCCUGUCAAUCCUGUCAUCAGGUGUGGAUUUUAUGGGGUUCGGUUAUGAAAGGAACUGGGCAGGGGUUGUGUGUGUUUUUAUGUGUUGCUAAAGCAUCUGUUUACUGAUUACAUUUGUGGGUCAUUCUUAUCAUUUUUAGUCAUCUUUAAAAACAAAUACUGUGCAAUUUUGAUAUAUAUACAGUUGAAGUCGAAAUAAUUUGCCCUCCUUUAAAAUGCUCAAAUAUUUCACUAGUGUUGUUCUUUUAACACACUUUUAAAUAUAAAAGUUGUAAUAAUGUA